UUGUUUUUAUUUUUUUGACAACUGAAUUGUUUGACGUCGCUUCGCUGCCGGGCGCGAAUCUGCGAGCGGUGUUGGUCGGCUACCGUCGAUUGCGCGUGCAGCCGCGAGUGACGGCCACGUCGGAGGGAGACAUGGGUGGGUGGAUCUCCACCUUGGUUUCCGGCCUGUUUGGCACACGAGAAAUGAGGAUAUUGAUCUUGGGUCUGGAUGGAGCAGGCAAGACCACGAUACUCUACAGGCUGCAGGUGGGAGAAGUCGUUACCACGAUCCCCACAAUUGGCUUCAAUGUUGAAACUGUGACGUUCAAGAACCUUAAGUUUCAAGUGUGGGACCUGGGUGGACAGACCAGUAUACGCCCCUACUGGCGUUGUUAUUACUCCAACACUGAUGCCGUCAUCUACGUGGUCGACAGCUGUGACAAGGAAAGAAUGGGGAUCUCAAAGUCAGAACUUGUUACGAUGUUGGAGGAAGAAGAGCUGAAGAAGGCUGUGCUAGUGGUGUUUGCAAAUAAGCAGGACAUGGAACAUGCUCUGAGUCCCACAGAGGUGGCCAACGCACUCGGCCUCCCUGCCAUGAAGGAUCGGAAAUGGCAGAUAUUCAAAACCUCUGCAACCAAAGGAAUUGGUCUGGAAGAAGCUAUGGACUGGUUGGCUGAAUCCUUGAAAUGUAGACAAUGAAAACUUGGUUCAUUUCCUGUCACGAGAUUGCAACGGUCAGCGUUAUGAUCUUUACCCCCUGCAUCUCCAGAAGCCUUUUAAAUAUGCGUAAGGAUUAUUUGUUCCAGAGUUCUGCAUUUAUUCCUGUUUUUUUUUUUUUUUAUAUUGUAUUUAUGUGGGGUUUUCCUCUUUUGGGAUUUCUUUCCAAGUUUAACUACUCGGUCGAAAGGGGUGUGAACUCCUACACUAGGAGAGGGGAGUUAGACUUUAGUUUACAUUAAUUUCCCGUUUGUGAUUUAAUGGCGUGUUAAUACAACUAAUAAAGCAUUCCUUUGCUUGAUUGUGAUAUGUUCAAGGACAAUUUUAAAAGCUGAAGAGGGAGACUAUUAAAAUGUUGUGUUCACAUUAAUUAAACAAUCCCUGUAAAGGUUUUUAUCCUGGCAAGGCAUCUAGGUGGUCUAAACAUUCUGUUAAGGUGCGAAGUUUAUGAAUUCUGGGGAAAAUAGAACAAAAAUAAUUUAGAAAAGUCCAAAAGAAUCCAUACAGAGCAAAGACCAUCCAGGAAAGAAUGCUACAAUAAGCCCAGUUUCCCUGGGUCCUCCAAACACUAUUAAAUGCAAAAAGUCUCUAUCUGUAAAUAUCUCCAAUAAAUACCAUUAUUAAUCAGA